ACGCUUCGGGUUUGAGAACUACAAGUACCAAGUACGGCCGUCAAGCGUCCGUUCACAGUGCACAGUUCGAUUUGUUUUGGUUUAUGCAGACUGUGCUUUGUCCCGGGGAACCAAGGUCCACCGCGUAACUUUAACCUGGACAUUACACACCUUUGACUCGCUGCCAAACCCUGGAACGGCUCCUCCUCCGAGGUCUGUGUUUCACAACCCCCUUUUCCAGGGCCGCCGCCUCUCUCGUAGCUCCGUUAUCAGACCCCAGAAGCUGGCCUGCUAGUUAGCAAACAAGCUAACGACUGCCAGAUUUCACCCAUGUCCUCUGAAGAAGCGUUGAGCUCAACGAUCACGGAUUGGCUUUUCAUCAAUUCCUGGUGGCUCCUCCUGCCAUUCAUCAUGCUUCUUGUAGUUGCUGCCUUCAUUGUUGCCUUUGUGUUGCUGUUAUACAUGAUAUCGCCUCUCAUUAGUCCCAAACCUCUGAAACUGAACGGGGCCCACGUCGUGGUGACAGGAGGAUCAAGUGGGAUUGGAAAAUGCAUCGCAAUUGAGUGCUACAGACAAGGAGCCUUCAUCACUUUGGUGGCUCGAGAUGAGGCUAAAUUGCUUCAAGCAAAGAAAGAGCUGGAGAAAUUCGCCGUCAAUGACAAGCAGGUGGUGCUUUGCAUAUCAGUGGAUGUUUCCAGUGAUUAUAACCAGGUGGAGAGUGUAAUAAAACAGGCUCAAGAGAAACUGGGGCCUGUUGAUAUGCUCGUGAACUGUGCUGGAACGUCCAUUUCUGGAAAAUUUGAGGAAAUGGAAGUAGACCGUUUUAAACGUAUGAUGGAAGUGAACUACCUGGGCAGCGUUUACCCAACACGGGCUGUCAUAACCACCAUGAAGGAGCGAAGGAUGGGCCGCAUCAUGUUCGUUUCUUCCCAAGCGGGCCAGAUCGGCCUGUUUGGAUACACCGCCUACUCCCCAUCCAAGUUUGCUCUGCGUGGCUUAGCAGAGUCACUGCAGAUGGAGAUAAAGCCAUACAAUAUCUAUGUGACCGUGGCCUACCCCCCCGACACGGACACCCCAGGAUUGGCUGCGGAGAACAAGACAAAGCCUCUAGAAACCAGAUUAAUCUCUGAAACCUCUGGAGUUUGUCAACCAGACCAAGUGGCCAAAAUCAUCGUUCGGGAUGCGGUGCAGGGGAACUUUAACAGCUCUGUGGGUCCUGACGGUUACAUGCUGUCAGCCCUCACCUGCGGAAUGUCACCUGUCACCUCCAUCACAGAAGGUCUUCAGCAGAUUGUCACUAUGGGAUUAUUUCGGACCAUCGCCCUCUUCUAUCUGGGCAGUUUUGAUAGCAUCGUGCGCCGCUGCAUGAUUCAGAGGGAGCAGAUGAAAGCAGCUGACAAGAGGGAGUAACAAACAGCCUUACCUUCUUCACAGCCCAACGCUCAUCCUCCUCCUCCUCCUCCUCCUCCUCCUCCUCCUCCACACACACCCUCCGUUCCAUCCCCUCCUCCAAGCCUGUGCACAACCGUAGGUGGUGGCGGGGGGGGAGGGAGGGGGCAAGCUUUGAGUGUAUUUCUGAUUUCAACAGGUGGGAUGAAAAUAAAGUGGCAGAUGUUUACUCUUUGCUUGUACAGUGACACAACGCCUCCAUAGACUUCACAGCCAUUUUUGAUUUUUCUAUCCUCUCAGAGAGCAUUCCAGUGACUUUUCAGUUUAAUGUGGUCCACGUGCUUCUUUUUGUGGGAGCAGCCUUACUUUCGGGGCAUGAGGGCAGAGUAAACAUCCCGCAGGCUUGUUUUUAAAGUAGGUAGGCUUUUUGAACAACUGACAGCACAGAUAGCAGGCCUCUCUGCCUCCACUCGCACAGUGAUUAUUGUGUUGUUUUUUUUUUUUCCCCUCACAGAGAGGAAAAGCAGUAGAUAGCCUGUCCAACCGGUUAUGCCAAAUAUGGCUCGAAAUUCUUUCCCAUCAGGGGCUAUAAUGACAAACCAGAAUGACAACUCGCACUUUUUGUCAUUCUGUUGCAUGUAUCACAAAACUAGGUCCACCUUUUUUGAGAAAUUUACAGUUUUCUCCGAAUAAGCCCCCUACUUCUGUACCACUUUGUACCACAAGUCUUUGCAGGCAAAGCAUCCUCCUUUUGGACUGAAUAACCUCUGUGUUUGAAACCGGUUGUGACCCUCAGUGUUUUGUUUAUGCUGCGGGAUGUUUUAUUUUUGUGCUCUAUGUGUGAACCAGGAACAGUUCUGAACAGUUCUCGUCAGUGAUAUCAACGAGAGAGAGAGAGAGAGUGUGUGAUGUUUUUAAUUGAUUUUAAAAUUUUACUAAUGCAAAAACAUCAUUUCCAGAAAAUAAUAAUAUUCAAAAAUUGCAGACGCAGUGUUGGGGUGAGGAGUUUUGAGUGAACUGUGCGCGUGUCUUUGUGCGUGUUUGCGUGUUUGUGUUUGCUGUGACUGAGCCAACCCCUGAGGAGAGAAAAGCCACUGGAUUUUUAUUGUCUCGGGAAUAAACACACCAAAUUAUUUUCUCAUCAUCCCAGCUUAUUUAAGAAAGGAAAGCAGGUACUAUGGGUUGAAGCCAUGAAGUUAAUUGAUGGAGAAAGGAAAAAAAAAAAAAAGAAGAAAAAAAACACCAGCGCAGGUGAUUUGACUUUUCACUUGUGAAUUUGACCAACUUUAAUACACAUUUUCGUCCAUUCUUUCAUUUAAUGUGUGAAAGGACGCGUAUCAUUUUUACAUGCAGUUUUAAUGCGUCAGUGCACAUACUCAGCCACCCCAGUGAAGGUCCAAAGUGGUAUCCAUAAUUGGUUGGGGUGAUCUAAGUCAGGUCAGGGCAAGACUCGCUGGUUCGAGUCAUGUCCCUGUAGGUCUAGUGAGGGCGCUAGAGAUUUGUUUUACAUAAAGGCCAAAAUAGUAGAGGGGCUUGCAUGAAAGAGUGAUCCUCGUCCCUCUGAUUUUGACCUGCUGUCACCCUGUCAUUCACAGUCGGGACUUUUGUCAUUCCCUAAAUGACUCUAUCGAUUCCCUCCUGAUUUCUGUCAAGCCUUGAAAAAAAAAGAUCAUAUUUACCAUAUGACCUUAUUGUUUUACAUAUAGAGGGAGGAAAAAGUACAAUGUCGACUCUUGCAAGUCUUCCUUCGGUCCAUCACAAACGGGGAGAAUGUACUUUAAUACAAAGCAUACAAAUCAGAACAUAGGAAUAUUAUUUUUUAAAUACACUAAUAUUCGAAUGCCAAAAUGUGUUAAGACAAUUUCUGUAGAUGCAAUGCAUUUAUUUGAGAUUUAUUUCGAUGUUGCUGCUUUGUUGAUCUUAGAGUUAGUUUGUUAAAGCUGUGGAGCAGUGUGGGGACCCAUUCUAAGCCUUAAGACAUGACUACUGAUAAAGCUAAUGCUACAAGAAUGGACCCGUCCACAGGACAAUGUGGCUUAAACCCACAUGUGGUUUACCAGUUCAUUUAAUAUGACUUUUCAGUGUGAAAUGCCAACUGUUGUUUUUUUUUUGUGUGUGUGUGUGCGUGCGUGUAUUUUGUCAAUUCUAGUCUUUGUAUGACAAAAAGAAGCCUUACUGAAACCCAAGAUAUGAAAGUGAGAAUGGAUGACUCAUGUUUGAUGAUGUUCUCAUUUGAUAUUGGUUAAAGGCAUACUGUCCUGCACUCAAGAGCUUUUCAUCAUUGUACAUUUUAUUGCUUUCAAAAGUUCUCUUUUAUCUUGAGGUAGCAACACAUAGUUGAUAGAACAUGUAGCCCAUUAAAAAAAAAAAAAAAGCUCUUUUGUUUUAACACCUUUAAGCUAUGCAAAUGAAGCCUAUGCUUACGAUAUGUUUGAACAUACAGUCAGGAUUUGAAUUCUGUAACAGUCACGCUAGUUUCCCCCCCCCUAUUUAAUGGUGUCAUCAUCAGAUACUUAAUAUGAUAAGUAUUGAACAUGAAAGUCAUAAUGUACUCUUUUGUUUCAAUCUUUUUCUUGCUUUUUCAUUUUCUUUUUUUUUUUUCUGCCAAAAAACUUAACACCUUCACCUUGUGUGCCAUUGAAAGAAAAUGUGAGAAGUGGAACGUUUCUUUGUCUUAUUUUCUUACAUGAUAAACUAAAUAAAUACC